AUGGGACCAUUAAUUUUGUUAAACAUGCUAGCGAUCCAUUCAGAAUCAGCUUUCAAACCAGUAAGCAUGUUUAGAAACCGAUUGUUCGAUCCACUCUCGGCUAUAUCCUCACGACUUUCUCGAAAAGAUAGCGUCAAACAAUUGCGAUUGACGAUUCCUCACAUCAAAGAGAGGAGCAGUUUGAUUGUUGCCGAUGAGAUCUCCGUGUCAACACGCCCUAUAAAGAAGCCAAUUACGUUUCGACAACAUGAGCAAUUUGCCACUCCUUCUACGUCCACCAACAGUUUUUCUGACAAGGACUUCAAUAUUGAAAUUCGAAGAGAUGUGGAGGACUUUCGUGUGGUUAACUCGCCUACAUGGAAAAAUCCAUCAUUGCAGAAAGAGGAGGCGAAGACGCCAUUGCGAUCGCUAUGUCAUGUUCACAAAUCGGAGACGUUGACUGUAAUUAUGCCAAAGCGAUGGAUUACAGGUGUUAAGUCAGAUGUUGGAACUGAGGCUACUCUGUCACCAGUCAAACAGAACGAUGACAACAAAACAUCAAACUUGCUCAAAAGUUCAGCUGGAACUGAUAAGAGCUCGCUCAGAAUGAGGAAAUUGAAGAAGGGAAGCGACGAAUUGUCAAGUGGAUUGACGGUUCACAAGGAUGACUUGCAACCUGUUAGUGAUGAUGAUUCUGAUUGCAAGCCAAAUUAUGAGAUAGCGAGUGAUUUGUUGAUUGUAAAGUCGGUGAACUCGGGAAGAAACAUCAUACCAUUUUCAUCAGAAGAUUCUCUUUUUUCAAACCACUUUCCUUGCCGGCAGUUAUUUAUUCAUGGACAAAGGUUUUUCUCGGUUGAGCAGUACUACGUUUGGACGAAAGCCAAGUUCUGCAAGGACUUCAGAGCUGCAACUACCGUUUUGUGUUUAAAAGAUCCCAAAGCGAUCAUGGAAGUCGGAAAUCACUUAAAAAAUGUCGACGCUACAAGAUGGAUGACAUAUUCUUGGAAAGUGAGAAUGAAGGCGUCUAUGGCUAAGUUCAAACAAAAUCGUCUAAUGCGAUACCAGCUUUUCCGGACGAUUGGCUCUGUGUUGGUCGAAGCAAAUAGUGGCGACACAUAUUGGGGAAUUGGGCUUUCUAUUGACAAUCCAGAUAUCGCAGACUCAUCGAAAUGGCGAGGAUAUAAUGUGAUGGGUGAAGUACUCAUGCAGAUUCGAGAUGUUUUGAAAGAAAAUGCCGAUUAUGCUGAUGAGGCUCUGAGGAAGGCGAAGUCGCCGAAACGUCAGCCAUCGGUCAAUAACAUCAAAAAGAACGACAACGACAACGAAGACCUGUACCAACUUCGCGCCUUUGUCUAUCGGUUCUCUGCAUUGGUUUGCAAGUUCGGACUUGAAUUGACGGUUGCCAGCAGCUCCUGCGGUUCCAUGCUGGCGGAUCAGCUCAAGUGUUUCUGGAGACAGCCGUCACUUGGCGACUUCCGAUCUCUCGCCUUUCAUAGCGAUAACGUGAAGAUGUCGAAUGAGUUAGUAGUUUUUUUCGACGAUCUUAUGGAGAACAGCAUCUUCCCAACAGCCGAAUAA